AUGCCAAAGUUACCGCCUUACGAACAAACGGCAGUUCUCGAGCCACCUGCAGAGGACGGGUCGGUGGCGGAGCUCCUUUUGCUUCUCCUCCCGAUCUUGAUGAUUGCGAUCGCAAUGAUCUUUGUGGUGGUAGCACCAUUUGUCAUGUAUCUAAUCAUGCGCUUGCGACCUGGCAUCGCUUUGCGUGACUCAACAAGCCCCGUCAAUGUACACUACGAGGAGCAGCUGGAAAAUUCAUCGUCGUUUCAGCAAGCAUGCGAUGCGUGGCUCGAGCAGCUUGAUGAUGCGUCUCGAGCUGGAUACGAGCGUGCGAAGCGUUGGUGCGCACAGCAUCCACCCAUGUCUCCGCGUGAUACAGAUAUCACAAUGCCACAACAUGUUGGCAUCCAAGAAAAGGGUGUGAGUGCAUGGAGUUUUGAUCCUGCCUACGAAUCGCACCAAGGCGUUAUGGUCUCAGCUCGCACGGAGAUCCAGUUCCUGGCGGAUAGUAUCGGGAUGGCGCCCCAUGAGGGAGGCGCUUGCUCCAUCCAGACCAAUCUUCCAUUACCCAAGACUAAUGAAGUGUAUUAUUGGGAGGCCAAGAUCUUUGAGAAGCCCAGCACCACAGAGAUUGCGAUUGGUUUGGCGACCAAGCCGUACCCAACGUUCCGGUUCCCUGGUUUUUGCAAGCAUUCAGUGGCAUACAUGUCCGAAGAUGGAUCAAAAUGCUUUAAUCACCCUCUCCAUGCACAGUCCUAUGGCCCGCCUUACGUCAAAGGCGACGUGGUCGGCGUGGGCUAUCGCCCACGUACAGGCUCUGUGUUUUUUACGCGCAACGGUGUGCGCAUGCCGGAAGCCUUUACGGGUCUGUAUAGCCACAACCUGUUCCCGACGAUUGCCGUUGAUGGGGCGGCUGAAGUGCAUGUGAACUUUGGGCAGGCCGGCUUUGUGUUUAUUGAGGCGAAUGUGAAGAAAUGGGGUCUCGCGCCGAUGGUCGGCACGCUGGCACCGCCGCCGGCGUAUGGCCAAGACAAGGAUAGCAUUCUCAUUGAGGCCGGCCAUGCAUCCAGCUCGUCUGCUGAUGGUCAUGCUGCUACGGCUGCGUCGACGGCCCUGCUGCCUGUGCCCCCGUCGUACUAUGACGCAUCGGCGCCCGUGUGCUCACACGACCCUCGACGAUGCUCCGAUGCGAGUGGCAUUCACCUCACUACGCUCCCGGGCUCAGUUGAACGUAUACCCUCGCCGCCGCCAUACCCAGCUGAAGAGGUAGCUACACGUUCACCUCUUUCGACGCCCUCGCGUGGUCCGACACACACCUUGCAGCGAUGGUUCUCAAGUUGGCGUCGUGCUCGACGUGACACGUCGGCAGGCUCACCCGAAACGCCCUCUACAGAGCUCACAGGUAUCAUGGUCGAUCCAUGA